ACAUGAUUUCAUGAACCAAUUUGUGACAAUAUGAAAGACCCUUGUCUCCAAUGAUUAGGAUAUCACUAAAGGAAGAAAAUCGGCGAAACCCCCUAGAUAUUUAUAAUACCAAUACCGCAGCUUUCCAACAUAUCCCUGAUGGUUAUUCGCUGAGAGAAACAUACCGAGUUUUGGGAAGUCGCGUCGUAAAUUUCACUGUCCGCUACACUGCUUUAUGUGGAAUAAUUAAAGCUCGGGUUGCACAUUUCCGGCGGCAAAAAUUGCGAGAAAAAAAAGUCGAUGAGCUAUUUUGGCACCCUAUAUGUGUCGCAUGUCGAACUGCAUGAGUUACCUUUAUUGUUUUCUACAAUCGCACAGUGUUGGUUUUGUCUUUAUGUAUUUGCUUAUUUGUUGCUUUUGUACAAUCGCUUUUAAUAUACACAAACAUGCUUACGCAGAUAUGUACACAAUAUUUUGCAUUUAUUUUAUGUUUUUACUCAUUGUUACGAAUUGAAAGAAGUUUCAGUUGCCGCGGAAGUCUCAAAGAGCUUGGAUGUGUCGUGGACUCGAGUGUGAUUUUAUUCGUUGUUUAAGGUUCGUCGGUUAAUUUCUUAAUUAUUAUUUUUUUGGCAUUUGUCAACAACUAAACCAAAACGCGACAUCGACCUCAAAAUAUUGUACCUAAAUACAUACAUACAUGCACACGAACUUAUAAAUAUAGGGUUGUGAAGUGAAGCAAAUGCAAAAGCGAUAUACUUAUGUACAUAUUAACAUAGAAGAAAAUAUACAAAAUAACCAUACAAGUAUUACUACGGAUUAAUGAUUUUGUUGGAACUGAACGCAAGUGCAAUUUUGUGCAUACAUGUACGUAUUAAUUAUUGUAAGUUUUUAUAUAAAAAUCAUAGUGGUGCACUGGAGCAAUUAGCACAGAUAUGUAAAGUUCAUACAAGCGCACAAUACAUAUAUUUGAUACUAUUACCAACCGCCAGUUGUGAUUCAAAAAAAGUUCCGUCUACAAAAUAUUGUCAUACUGUGUAAAUACUUAGUGAUGCGCGGUUAAUAAGUUGAUGAUGCCUAAGAAUUAAAAUGCACACACGUACACACGUUGCAUAUAUUUAUGUACAUACAUACAUAUUCAUCAUAGUUCAUGUUCAACGAAAGCAUAUGCAGACUCCAAAUAUUCCCAGAUAUUUAACUAUCGGCUCGGCGGCGCAGAUCUUUUAAUCUUAAUUAAAAGGUAUCCCCAAUGGCCGGGUAACAUGGUGCUUUUAAGUGCUAUUGAAACGGAGCUUUCAGAAAGACGGCAUUCGUCCUUUAACCAAUCACAUGGAUAUCCACUUCGUGCGGUCUCCACUUUGGUCCCCACCGAUCAUACGAAAACGCAGAAGGGCGCCUCCGUCCAAGUCCAGACCGCCUGGAAAAAUUGACUAACACGUUCCACAAGCACAAGAGGCAUUUGUUAAUUGUAACGGAAACAAAGGAUACAUUCUACCUGCAACUAAUUUAACAAAAUUUAUGGAAUAAUAAAAGUGCUAAAUUAAUAUUUAAGAGAAAACGAAAUCACAAAGACAUAAAACAAAAGUUACCUUAAUUUACUAGUUCUAUUUAUGGAUAAUGUUAACGAAGUCAUUCUAAGUAAAAGUGCACUUAUUUUUACGUACAACAUACAUAUUUAUACUGGCUUUUAAUACGCGUUUUAUCUACCGAGUCUACGCUUAAGCAUAAACUUCAAUUUGGACUAAAACGCUCUCAAAGACGGAUAAUAUUCAUAAUGGGAACAAAAACACAACCACAGCCACAAAAAGAGAAUGAACGCAGAAUUCGAGCCAACGACCGAGAAUUUAAUGCACAAUUCAAAUACGCCGAUAAUUUCAUCAAAACAUCUAAAUAUACACUGCUGACGUUUUUGCCAUUCAAUCUGCUCGAACAAUUUCAACGUCUUGCCAAUUUCUAUUUCCUGUGUUUAUUGGUGCUGCAGCUCAUACCAGCGAUAUCGUCAUUAACCCCCGUUACCACCGCCAUACCGUUAAUUGGCGUAUUAACAUUGACAGCCGUUAAAGAUGCCUACGAUGACAUUCAACGCCAUCUGUCGGAUUCCCAGGUGAAUAAUAGAAGAUCGAAAACGCUGAGGAACGGUCAAUUAAUCGAUGCGAAAUGGUCAGGAGUUCAGGUUGGCGAUGUGAUACGUCUGGAGAACAACCAAUUCGUGGCAGCCGAUAUCCUCCUGCUGACAACGUCCGAACCGAAUGGCUUGUGUUUCAUCGAAACAGCCGAAUUGGAUGGCGAAACGAAUUUAAAAUGUAAGCAAUGCUUGCCAGAGAUCACUGAAUUGGGUCAGCGGCAUGAUCUUCUGUGGAACUUUAAUGGUGAAAUCAUCUGCGAGCGGCCAAAUAACUUGCUGAACAAGUUCGAGGGCACACUCAUAUGGCGAAACCAGAGGUACGCGCUCGACAAUGAGAAAAUCCUACUUAGAGGCUGUGUACUACGCAAUACGCAAUGGUGCUACGGUGUUGUCAUAUUUGCGGGCAAGGACACAAAACUAAUGCAGAACUCGGGCAAAACACAAUUCAAAAGCACUGGCGUUGAUAGACUGUUAAAUUUUAUAAUAAUCGGGAUAGUACUUUUUCUACUUUCUAUAUGUGCGUUCUUCACGUUGGCCUGUGCCAUUUGGGAAAGCUUUAUUGGUCAGCAUUUUCAGGUAUACUUACCAUGGGAGAACAUCAUACCAAAAAAUGUUGCACAAGGCUCCACCGUUAUUGGUCUGUUGGUUUUCUUUUCCUAUGCAAUCGUCUUAAAUACAGUUGUGCCAAUAUCUCUCUACGUUUCAGUAGAGGUUAUACGUUUCGCGCAAUCAUUUCUCAUCAAUUGGGAUGAAGAAAUGUACUAUGAACGCUCGAAAACUCAUGCCAAAGCACGUACCACCACACUCAACGAGGAGUUGGGGCAAAUACAAUAUAUAUUUUCGGAUAAAACUGGCACACUAACACAAAAUAUAAUGACAUUCAACAAAUGCAGUAUUAACGGUCGCACCUACGGCGACGUGUUUGACCUUCGUACGGGUGAAGUUAUCGAGGUCACAGACAAGCAAAAAUAUGUACAGAAUUGCAACAGUAAAUUGAGUGGCAACAAUGCCAGCAACAAAAGCACACCGGCACCAACAAUACUAUUGCACAGCGCCGAAGUACAUCCGAAGAGCACAAUUAUGGUCUCCAGUCCCGCGGAAGGUGGCACUGCUGAUACCUCCAUAGCACCACCAAGCUUAACAACAACACCCAAAGAAAUCCCAUUGCCCAUCGCUACAACAACGACCACUCAAGCUGUGGUGAAUCCGUUGGAUGAUGACGGCAAACCAUCUCCAACGAACAACCAGCGACAUGUCCAAUAUGACGAGAGUUCCAUUGGCACGACAGUCUCGGAAGCGAAUGCGCACCAGUCACCAACAUGCGAAAUACGAAGCCCGUUCUCCACGCUGUCCAAUUCAGGCGAUAAAGCUCUUGAACCGGUUGACUUUUCGGCGAAUCCGGAAUUCGAGUCAGACUUUCGUUGGUACGACAGGACACUGCUGGAUGCAGUCCGUUCUGACGAGGAGCAUUCGCAAAAUUUUUUCCGCUUGCUCGCGCUUUGUCACACCGUGAUGCCCGAGUAUGUGGAGGGGCGGCUAGAAUAUCAGGCGCAAAGUCCCGACGAAGCAGCUCUGGUGUCGGCAGCGCGAAACUUCGGUUUCGUGUUCCGUUCACGAACGCCGAAUAGUAUAACCAUAGAAGUGAAAGGGAACCGAGAGGAGUAUGAGCUUCUGAAUAUUAUAGACUUUAAUAACGUCCGCAAGCGUAUGUCGGUGAUAUUGAGACGAGGUGAUGACAUUAUACUGUACUGCAAAGGUGCUGACAAUGUGAUUUAUGAUAGAUUAAGUACUAGUCAAAAUGAUAUUAAGGCGCGUACUCAGGAUCAUUUGAAUAAAUUCGCUGGCGAAGGUUUACGAACGCUGGUACUCGCCGAAAGACGUCUUGACGAAACCUACUACAUGGACUGGUCGCAGCGUCAACAAAUAGCGGCAGUUUCCCUAGAUGCGCGCGAAGAGAAGCUAAACGCCAUGUACGAGGAGAUCGAAAGCGACUUGAUACUUGUCGGUGUGACGGCGAUCGAAGACAAAUUGCAGGAUGGUGUACCUCAAACGAUAGCCAACCUACAAAUGGCCGGUAUAAAAAUUUGGGUACUGACCGGUGACAAACAAGAAACGGCAAUAAAUAUUGGCUACUCCUGUCAAUUAUUAACCGAUGAAUUAGCCGAUGUCUUCAUCGUGGACGGCAGUUCACUGGAGGAAGUCAACAAACAAUUGCGCCAAUUCCGUGAAUCGGUGCGAAUUCUCAAUCGAUUUAGACCAACGCCGCUGGAGCCGACAGUUAACUUGAAUCUGAAUUUAAAUGGUGCCGAUCGGAACUCAACUGUGAUGUAUGGCACUGGGUUGCGUACACGGACCUCGCCGCCGCCAGCGCCAGCGAUAUCGGUGGUUACCUUUAGGUGGGAUGAUGACAAAAUUAAGCAUAAUAAGGGCGAACCGGACAGCGCUGAAUGCAAUGAACUGUAUGACAAUAUUGAGAAGGGUGAAGACGGUUCGAGCGGGUUACAUCCGGAUGAAAUCAUUGAGGAGAAUACAGGAUUCGCUAUUGUUGUGAAUGGACAUUCGCUUGUCUACUGCCUCUCUCCGGAAUUGGAAUCAAAAUUCCUGGAUGUGGCUUCACAGUGCAAGGCCGUUAUUUGCUGCCGCGUUACGCCUCUGCAAAAAGCCUUGGUGGUAGAAUUGAUUAAGCGCGCGAAGAAUGCCGUAACACUGGCAAUCGGCGAUGGUGCCAAUGACGUUUCAAUGAUAAAAGCUGCUCACAUAGGCGUUGGCAUCUCCGGCCAAGAGGGCUUGCAAGCGGUACUGGCCAGCGACUAUUCGAUAGCGCAGUUCCGCUACUUGGAGCGUCUCCUGCUCGUCCAUGGCCGUUGGUCAUACUAUCGCAUGUGUAAAUUCUUGCGGUAUUUUUUCUAUAAGAAUUUUGCAUUUACUUUGUGUCACUGCUGGUAUUCGUUCUUUUGUGGCUUUAGCGCCCAGACGGUGUUCGACCCAAUGUUCAUAUCAGUAUACAAUUUGUUCUAUACCUCACUGCCGGUGCUAGCUUUGGGGGUAUUCGAGCAAGAUGUCUCCGACAAACACAGCAUAGAAUAUCCAAAGUUAUAUACACCCGGACUGAAAAGUCAACUGUUUAACACGCGCGAAUUCGUUUACAGUGUUCUUCAUGGUGCCUUCAGUUCGCUCAUAUUAUUCUUAAUACCAUACGGCACUUAUAAGGAUGGAAUCUCGCCAAAUGGACUCAUACUGAGCGAUCACAUGACUUUGGGCGCGGUUGUGGCCACCAUUCUCAUAAUCGAUAACACAGCACAGAUAGGCUUGUAUACUUCAUAUUGGACGAUAUUUAAUCACAUCACCAUCUGGGGCAGUUUGGUAUGCUUUUUCGUCUUGGACUACUUUUAUAAUUAUGUCUUCGGUGGCCCCUAUGUAGGCUCACUGGCGAUGGCCAUGAAGGAUUUGACCUUCUGGGCGACAAUGGUAAUAACCGUUAUUGUGAUAAUGGCUCCUGUAUUAGCCUAUAAAUUCUAUCUAAUCGAUGUACACCCAAGUCUAGCUGAUAAGAUACGACUGAAAUGUCGAGUCAGCACACGCCAGUCACGGCAGAGUAACAUGGUAAUGCGAACACCUUCCGCGAGAAAGGCACGACGAUCAUUGCGCUCUGGUUACGCGUUUGCGCAUCAGGAAGGCUUUGGUCGACUUAUUACCUCGGGCAAGAUUAUGCGAAAAUUACCACAGGAUUUCGCCUUUCCAUUGGGCUUGGGCAGUAAAAAGUUGCAACCGCAAACGAUGGAUGGUAAUGACGGAAGAAAUAAUCAAAACAAUAAUAAUAGUACCCGAAGUAACAAAAAUUCGUCGACAGGAUACCUCAACGACACCGAUGCCGAGAGCGCGGCUGGAGGUGGGAGUAGCAAUGGCGCUCAUAGCGACGAAAACGUAAGCCCUCGUGCACCUUGCCAAGACUUAGAUACAAUUAAUCUUUAAGUUAAUUAUCGUAUGUAUGUAUGUGUAGCGUAAAGAGAGUGAAAAUUGAACGAUUGGCAAGCAUCGACAGUUCAAUCCAUAUGACACCAAAAGAAUAAACCAAAAAGCAAAAUUAAAUUGCACAUUGCAAAGGAAAAAAGGAACUUGAAUUAUUAUAAUCAAGGCACAAGCGGAAAGUUUUAACAUAAUGCUGUAGCAAUUAGUUCAUAAUUAUUUAAGGACUCUACAAUCAACUAGAAAUCCCAAGAACGUUUAUAGUCAUAGAAUUAUGUUAACAAUGUACGAUCAGGUGAUUGUGUUUAAUUAUCUACUAUUUGUAAAUAUUUUGAUAAACUAAACAAAUAGUAAGAAUAAAUAACUGUAUUAUGAAAUAUGUAAGGCGGAAGAUAAGAAAUACAAAAUUUAUUAAAUAAAAGCUUUAAUCCUUAGUAAACAGCUUUAUUGAGAUCUGAAUAAGUAAUUCAAUCAUUUUAUGCAGAAGUAAUAUUUUCAUUCAUUCACCUAUUUUCAUAUGCAUGUGCGUGCGUUAUAAAGAAGUCCUUCAACAUGGCUUAGUCCCAAGGUGAAUGUACGAAAUUCUUCUUAUCUCUCAAAAUAUAAAAUGAAAUUUUUACAAUUAUAUUAAUGCAUACAAUAUGUAAUAUGUGAACAAGAAUCUCAAAAGCCAGAGGCUAGAGAAGAGUGGCCGCGAUACUUAUACAAACUCAAAGAUACUGCAUACUUAGAAGAAUAGAAGAACUCACAAGCAUACGCAAACUCAUAAAAAGAAAAAUGUAUAAAUUCACAAAUUUUUAACAAUUUCUUGAAAAUAGAUUUUCAACUAUAUGAUAUGAGCAUAGACCUAAAAUUGUGCUUUAGUAUAUACACUAUUUACAUACCUAAUAACUUUAUAAAACACAUUUUCUAUAAUGCUUAUUUAAUAAGAGACGUCAAUAAAUAAGGCAAACAUGUUUAUACUUUUUUAUUAAUUUCAUGCUGUAAAAGAACUUUGUAAUAUACAUACAUACAUACUAUAUUCUCUAUAUACACUUACACGAAAGUAUCAAAAAUAAGAAGAGGUUUUAUGUAUGUGUAUUUCUGGACACAAAUAUAAUAAUCCAACUAGUCUUUUUGCAAGGUAUGAUUUGUUCAAUGGACCUAAUCAAUAUAAUGUCUGCUGUCGUCGUUCUCGAUACAUCCUUUGUAUAUGGCAUCUGCUGACCACCAUUUGGUCUGGUCCCAUCCGAACAAUAAACCUCCACAAAACUUCGAAUAAAAAGAAACCCUUUUCGAAAUAGUCUAGUUUUAGCAAAUCUGUUAAGACAUGUUCCAGAAAACAUUAUUAUUUUCAAUUGGAUUUGUCGUUAAUAUUCCCGUGCAUGUCAAUUUAUUUCAAAAUUUUAAAUAAGGAAAAGUAUAAUGUCAAAUUGAUUGGGAUUUGCUCUAAUUCUAUGUAUUAUGUUGUUCAACGCUAAGAUUGUGACGAAGAGAAGGAAUAUUGGUAAGAGAACGAUGACGAAACCGAAAUAAGAGUGAAUUAGCUUUAACAGUUUUAAGGCAUAUUUUUCAAUUAAAAAUUUUGUAAAUUUAACUUGAAUAAAAAAAAAAUUAAAAAUAA